AUGGCCCAUCCAUACAUUGCACGUCAGGAGCCAUUCGACGAUGUCAAUCGGCAGCAGAAGACAACGACACAUUUCCCCGUCCGUCCAUGUGCCGAGAAUGAGGAGCAACAAGGACAUCUUGUCAGAAGCAGCAGCAGCAGCCAGAUCAGCUCUGCUGCCGACUUCGACAGCAAGAAUCGUCCUCCACCCAGACGCCGGAUUCAAGUAGCAUGUCGUCGUUGCCGGAAACGCAAGAUCAAGUGUAGCGGAGACUCUGGAGAUGGCCAGGGGUGUUCAAAUUGCAAAAGCUCCGGCACUCCCAAUUGCCAAUUCCUGCGGACAAAGACGGCUUACCAAAGUUACCCUUAUCCGAUCAUGACCGCCGUCUCGUCGUCCGGGGCUCAGACAACGAGCUAUAGGACCCCGGUUCUCCAGAAGACCUCAGCAUCAGCAAAUCAGCCGACACUUCGUACGAUGCCGUAUCUGCGGUCGCACUCUGUGUCCGAUUUAGGAGCCUUGGGGCAAUCUGUCUCUCUUGCCAGAAGUCCAUACACCGCUGGCUGUAACCUGAACUAUGAAGAUGCCUGCUCGGCGACAUACGCUCCAGCGUAUAUGCUGCCUAGCGCGAAUUCGGCUGCAAUGGUCAACUACUGUGGUUCUCCGGGCAGUCCUAAAUCGUGGUACCCAGCUGCUCCCCUGAGCAGAAGUCAGAGUGCGGUCUUCUACCACGAUCAAGACCAUGCGACUUCUUUUGGAGCACCGGCCUACUCCUAUGCGAGUCCUAAUUCGCAUCCAUCUUUGUCAGUCGAUGUUCCCCCGCUGUUCCCCGCCAUAACCUCCCUAUCCACCUGCGAGGGAUCGGAUCGAACUCUUCCCACUCCGACAAGCCGCCAGCAGCUGGACAAUAUCGGCACAACGUCACGGAGUACGGAAGUGGUGUCGGGUCUUCCUUUCAGUUCUGAGCAGGUCACUCAGAGGAUCAGCAAUCUCUGUGAUCUGAAGACCACGGCGGCAACAGGCACUGAAGCAUCCACAGAGACAGUUUCUGGCAGUCUCAGUCCCCUGGUGACGCCAAGAACAGUUUCGUCGACUUCUCAGGACAUGAUGUUCAGCUAUGUGACCCUUCCUAGCAGCUCAUCUCCAGGAACAGUGACUUCCACUACUGCGUAUACCGGAGCGGACACAGUUGAGCCGGUCGAGCCAGCUGAUACACCUCCAGUAUCGAGAACAGGAGGUGACAUGUUGGCACUCGAGAGCAGUAGCUGUGACGUGUACGGCUACAGCGGCAGUAGUGGAAAGAGCAAGCGUCACUCAGAUGCUGCGGGUUCGAUGUCAUCGGGAACGCUCAUGAGUGGCCAACAGUACACACGUCUCAGACAACCAGAUUCCCUUGGUCCUUCUUCGUUCAGUUUCUUGAGAUCUGACGCGACGGCGGAUUUUCAAACAUCAACUGCCUCGCACGGGACGUCGAUUUCUGCUCUCAAUAACCCUGGCUGUUACUGA